UUGAAGACCACACAGAAGAAGAAGACGACGAAGAAGAAAAAGGAAGGAGAGCGUUUCGAUACCAGGCCGCGACCUGCUACCUAAAAAAAGGUUACAUAAUUUCGAAAAUUUCAUCUUAGCGUUGUGUGACCUACCGAGACGGAGACGUCGAGACGAGUGUCUUCAGCAGCACAUUUUCCGCGAUAUUUUGACUUUGGCACGACAUUUCGUCGUUUCUUCACGGAUCAUCAUGGCUGAUGAUUUUGAUGUUGAGGCCAUGCUGGAGGCUCCAUACAGAAAGACUUCCCUAAUGAUAUCUCACCUCUACUCCCAUGAAUUCAUCUUUGAUUCCACUGUGAACUGUGAAAAAAAGGAUGAGAUCAAGUCCUCUCAUGCAAAUGGACAUGACGACCAGAACAAGAAGAAAAGGAGAAGCCGAAGCAAGAGCCGGAGCCCAGGCUCUAGGAAGAGAAAAAGCAGAAGCAAAGACAGAAAGAAGGGUAAGAAGAGGAGCCGGAGCCGAGAAAGAAAACGGAGUCGCAGCAGAGAGCGCCAUCGCAGCCGCUCCCGGAGCAAAGAACGAUCUGGGCGGUACAGAGCACGCAGGAGCCCAGUCCGGAAACGCUCCAAAAGUCGGAGCCCGUUCAAAAAAGAGAAGAGUCCCAUCAGGCAACCAAUUGACAAUCUAACACCAGAGGAGAGGGAUGCCCGCACAGUUUUCUGUAUGCAGCUCGCUGCGAGAAUCAGAGCUCGAGACCUGGAAGAUUUCUUCUCAGCUGUCGGAAAAGUCCGAGAUGUGAGAAUGAUCUCGGACAGAAACUCGAGGAGAUCAAAGGGCAUUGCAUACAUAGAGUUUGUGGAGGCUUCUUCUGUACCACUGGCAAUUGGAUUGACUGGCCAGAGGCUUUUAGGAGUUCCCAUCAUCGUCCAGGCCUCUCAGGCUGAGAAAAACAGAGCUGCAGCCGCUGCCAAUAAUCUACAGAAGGGCAGUUCGGGUCCGAUGCGGCUGUAUGUGGGCUCGCUGCAUUUCAACAUUACUGAAGAAAUGCUUCGAGGGAUCUUUGAGCCUUUUGGAAAGAUUGAGGGAAUCCAGCUCAUGAUGGACAGUGAGACCGGACGAUCUAAAGGAUAUGGCUUCAUAUCGUUCGCAGAUGCGGAAUGUGCAAAAAAGGCCUUGGAGCAACUGAACGGCUUUGAGCUGGCUGGACGUCCAAUGAAGGUGGGGCACGUUACAGAGCGCUCAGACUCAUCGACGGCCAGUUCGUUCCUGGACAAUGACGAACUAGAGAGGACCGGCAUUGACCUCGGCACCACAGGGCGCUUACAGCUCAUGGCUCGGUUAGCAGAAGGAACUGGUCUGAAGAUCCCUCCUGCUGCUCAGCAGGCUCUACAGAUGACCGGGUCCAUACCAUUUGGAAACAUCGCUGCUCCAACAGCUGUUCCAACUCCAGCGCCCAGCCAAGCCUUGAACCUCCCAUCACAGCCGCUGGCCACACACUGCCUUCAGCUGUCCAACCUGUUCAACCCACAAGCGGAAAAUGAUCCCAGCUGGGCCACUGAGAUCCAAGAUGACGUAAUUGAGGAGUGUAACAAACAUGGAGGAAUUGUUCACAUUUACGUUGAUAAGAACUCGGCUCAAGGCAACGUGUACGUGAAGUGUCCUUCGAUACCAGCAGCGAUGGCAACUGUAAAUGCACUUCAUGGACGCUGGUUUGCAGGCAAAAUGAUAACAGCUGCCUACGUUCCCUUACCCACCUACCACAACCUUUUUCCUGAUUCAGUAACGGCGAAGCAGCUUCUAAUGCCAGCACGUCGAUAGUCUGAGACAUGCUUAUGAAAGGCAGUGUAAAUACAUUUGUUUGCAUUCAUGGAGAUGUCAGUGAAACAGAUGCAUUGAAAUUAGUUGGCUGUGUAAUAAAAGUUGCCUCAAGUUCACCAUUGAAAAUUAGGCUUUUUUUUUUUUCUUUUGAGUUGCUUUUCAAACUUUUUGUGGGUUUGUGUUGUAAACUACCACUGAGACGUAAUCUGCAGGUAUCUAUUGGUCUGUAUGUUUUUUAAAUAUUACUGUCUUAUCUGCUUGUUUAAAUCCAGUUUUAGAUUUGAAAUAAAUUUCAAAGAGUCACAAAAUGUGUUGGGUUAAUAGGCCUUAAAUGCCAAAAGUAUGUCAACAAUAAUCCUUUGUAACUUUUUACAGCCAUAAUUUCAUUUUUUGUAUGAAGGCUCCCAAUAAACUUUGGCAAAUUUGACAAUUCAUUUUAUGUUUGUCUUUUUGGGAGCUUGUCAAUCCCAGGUUCAAAUAAAAAAUUACU